CCGUCCGUGACGUCAGGGCGGCGCGGCACGGGGGAGCUGUCCUCGCGCGGAGGGUGCUGCUACUGAAACAAGAUGGCUGUGCGCGCAGGAGCAGCAGCGGAGCAAACCUGAAGCAAUGCAGAGGAGGGAGAAAAGGGGGGCGAGGAAUCCACUCCUGUGUGUCUUGUCCUGCCAGAAGAGCAACAUCUCCGCAGAGAAAGAGACGAGCGCUUCUGACAUGAUGGCGACUGGUUUCCGGUACCUUUUACGGUAACGGUUUGGCGGUUUGAGUUUUUUUUUUUGUAACCAAGAGACAACCGGACUUGACCAAACAAAUCACGGAGCUCUCAGCAGAGGACAGCCGGGGACGCUCCCGCCGAUAUCAGAGAUGUCCCUGCUAUGUGUGGGAGUGAAGAAAGCCAAGCUGGACGGACCCCAAGAGAAGUUCAACACUUAUGUGACUCUAAAAGUACAAAAUGUGAAGAGCACAACCAUUGCUGUCAGAGGCAACCUGCCCAGCUGGGAGCAAGACUUCAUGUUCGAAAUAAACCGCUUGGACUUGGGUCUGACGGUAGAGGUGUGGAACAAAGGGCUGAUCUGGGACACCAUGGUGGGCACUGUGUGGAUCCCCCUCCGGAGCAUCCGGCAGUCCAAUGAGGAGGGCCCGGGGGAGUGGCUCACGCUGGACUCUCAGGUCAUCAUGACCGAUAAUGAGAUCUCCGGCACCAAAGAGCCCACUCUCCACCUGGUGCUGCUCGACACACGCUUUGAGCUGCCUCUCGAUAUCCCUGAGGAUGAGGCACGAUACUGGACAAAAAAACUGGAGCAGAUCAAUGCCAUGAGGGACCAAGAUGAGGAGCAGGAGCGGCCUCUUCGUGCACCAGGAACCCAGUGCUGUAACUGGAGCCUGUGGGGAGAGCAACAAAAUGAAGACCCAGACAGCGCUGUGGAUGACAGGGACAGCGACUAUCGCAGUGAGACCAGUAACAGCAUCCCCCCCCCCUACUACAGCACAUCGCAGCCCAACGCCUCCGUCCACCAGUAUCCCAUCAGCCAACAGCACAGCAGCACCAGAAGCCUCUCAUACCCGCGCUCUGGCAACGUCCAGGACCUCGAGUACCCGCACCAGAGGACUGUCAGUCCCUCGGGGAGCUAUGCAUCGUCUGCAGAGCUGAGUCGGUGCAGCAGUCAGCUGAGCGAGGAGGACUAUGGCGUUGAGUACAGAGAGAGGGACCCUUACGACGAGAACGACUCUUACCACUCCUGCCACUCCUCGGUCAGCUACAGUAAAGGCUCUCCAGACUGGGACCCUGACGAGACGCAGGGGGUGUACAGCGAUGAAGGCGGCUACAGCAAAGACGGAGGAGAGGAGGCGGCUCUGUACGAGGAGGACGACGGAGGACUGUAUGAGGGAGAAGAGGAGGGGCUCUACGAGGAUGAGGAGGUGAUCUACGAUGAUGAGGAUAUGUACAUCUUGGAUGGGAUCCUCAGUGAGGACAUGGAGGCUCCCUUUACCCCCACCCCAACUUCAACAGCGCCCCAAACUCUGGAUGUACCCGGCUCCAGGCCUCCUCUGGAGAAACAGCCGUCCUUACACCAACAGCAGCCCCCUACUCAACCCCCCAACCAGACAUCCAACCAGUCUCAUCCUCCUGGCAUGGCCCCGUCAGCACAGCCCCCCUCUGUCCAACCAACACAACCGCCUAAACAGCCCCCCUCUGGCCAACCAACACAACCGCCUAAACAGCCCCCCUCUGGCCAACCAACACAACCGCCUAGACAGCCCCCAACACAGCCGCAGCCGGCCCCCUCUGCCACUUCCUUCUUCUCCAUGGCCAAUCCUCUCACAGCUGCAGUCACAGGCCUGGCCUCCACUUUCCUUUCUUCUGUUCCCACCGCUCAGCCUGCCCAGACCCACCCUCCAGCCCCAGCAGUGUCUCAACAACACCAGGCGGCCAGCGUCGUGCCUCCAUCCCACCCGGUCACCGGGACUAACUCACAGCCCCCCAAGUCUACCAUGGGCCCUUCCUCCCAACAGACCCCGUUCUCUGGGCAGCCUCAAUCUCAUCUCAACGGUCCUGCCGCCACACAGUCAGCCGCCCCUGAGGACCAGGACCUCCAGCUUGAGGAAGAGCCAUGGCCAGAGGAGGAGAUGAUGUUUGACAAAGAGGCCAGGACGCCCCCUGCUAAGCCAGAGGAGACCCUCCCUAAAGAGGAGAUAGAGGAGGAGUUUGAAGAGAGCAGGCCACCAACGUCAGAAGAGGAAGAAGAGAUACUCCCGGAGAGUCCUCCAGUGAUAGAGGAGCCCAAAGAGCUGGUGGAUCCAGCCGUCAGAGCCAAACAGAACUGGCUAAGGAUUUAUAACAAAGUCUUAGAGCAGGUCCGGGAGGCCAGAGGAGAGACCACCAGCUCGCUGUGGUUUGGUAAAGGCGGAAUGGGAGGCGCACUCUACAGUAUUGACAGCAUGCCUGACCUUCGCAAGAGGAAAGCCGUUCCUCUUGUCAGAGAUCUGAUUCAUCAGGCAAUGUCUCUCGUGCAGAACUCUCGUAAGGCAGGAAUCACCUCCGCCAUGGCCUCCACCACCCUCGGCAAUGAAGAGCUGAAAAGUCAUGUUUAUAAAAAGACUCUACAGGCUCUGAUCUACCCCAUCUCCUCCACUACGCCACACAACUUCGAGGUGUGGACCGCCACCACCCCCACCUACUGCUACGAAUGCGAGGGGCUGCUCUGGGGCAUCGCGCGACAAGGCAUGCGCUGCUCCGAGUGCGGCGUCAAAUGCCACGAUAAGUGCCAGGAUCUGCUCAACGCUGACUGUCUGCAGAGAGCUGCAGAAAAGAGCUCCAAACACGGGGCGGAGGACCGAACCCAGAACAUCAUCAUGGUCCUGAAGGACCGCAUGAAGAUCAGAGAGAGGAACAAACCAGAGAUCUUCGAGCUCAUCCUGGAAGUGUUCGCCCUCGACAAAACAACACACGGCGCACAGAUGAAACAAAUCAAGCAGAGCGUGCUUGAUGGGACGUCCAAAUGGUCAGCGAAGAUCAGCAUCACGGUGGCAUGUGCUCAGGGCCUGCAGGCUAAAGACAAAACCGGCUCCAGUGACCCUUAUGUCACUGUUCAAGUGGGGAAGACCAAGAUUAGAACCAAGACCAUCUACGGAAACCUCAACCCCGUCUGGGAAGAAAACUUCCACUUUGAAUGCCACAACUCGUCGGACCGCAUCAAGGUUCGCGUGUGGGACGAGGAUGACGACAUCAAGUCUCGUGUAAAACAGAGGUUCAAACGUGAGAGCGAUGACUUCCUGGGCCAAACCAUCAUCGAAGUGCGGACUCUGAGCGGGGAGAUGGACGUUUGGUACAACCUGGACAAGAGAACGGAUAAGUCUGCCGUGUCAGGAGCCAUCCGGAUGCACAUAAGUGUGGAGAUCAAAGGAGAGGAGACGGUGUCCCCUUACCACGUCCAGUACACCUGUCUACACGAGCAUCUGUUCCAGUACACCACGGAGGAGCAGAAUGGCGGCGUGGUAAAGAUCCCUGACGCCAAAGGGGACGAUGCGUGGAAGGUGUAUUUUGAGGAGACGGCGCAGGAGAUCGUGGACGAGUUUGCCAUGAGAUACGGAGUAGAGUCCAUCUACCAGGCCAUGACCCACUUCGCCUGCUUGUCCUCCAAGUACAUGUGUCCCGGAGUGCCAGCAGUGAUGAGCACUCUGCUUGCCAACAUCAACGCUUACUACGCCCAUACCACCCAGUCCUCCAACAAUGUUUCCGCCUCGGACAGAUUUGCUGCAUCAAACUUUGGCAAGGAGAGGUUUGUCAAACUGCUGGAUCAGCUGCACAACUCCCUGAGGAUCGACCUCUCCAUGUACCGGAAUAACUUCCCUGCCAGCAGUCCUGAAAGACUACAAGACCUCAAGUCUACAGUGGAUCUGUUGACCAGCAUCACAUUCUUCAGGAUGAAGGUCCAGGAGUUGCAGAGUCCACCCAGAGCGAGCCAGGUGGUGAAGGACUGCGUGAAAGCCUGUCUCAACUCCACCUAUGAGUACAUCUUCAACAACUGCCACGACCUUUACAACAGGGAAUAUCAGACGGACCCUUCGAAGGCAGUCCCUCCAGAUGAGCAGGGUCCCAGCACCAAAAAUCUGGACUUCUGGUCCAAACUCAUCACCCUCAUCGUCUCCAUCAUAGAGGAGGACAAAAACUCCUACACUCAUUGCCUUAAUCAGUUUCCCCAGGAACUGAACGUGGGCAAGAUCAGCGCCGAGGUCAUGUGGAAUAUGUUUGCACAAGAUAUGAAAUACGCCAUGGAGGAGCAUGAGAAGAACCGCCUGUGUAAAAGCGCAGAUUAUAUGAACUUGCACUUCAAGGUGAAAUGGCUCUACAAUGAGUACUGCAAAGAGCUGCACACUUUCCAGAAGCACGUACCUGAGUAUCCAGCCUGGUUUGAACCGUUUGUCGUCAUGUGGUUGGACGAGAACGAAGAAGUGUCAAGAGAUUUCCUGCAUGGAGCUCUGGAGAGGGACAAAAAAGACGGGUUCCAGGUCACAUCGGAGCACGCUUUGUUCUCCUGCUCGGUGGUGGACGUGUUCUCUCAGCUCAAUCAGAGUUUUGAAAUCAUUCGCAAGCUGGAGUGUCCCGACCCUCAGAUUGUUGGCAACUACAUGAAGAGAUUCGCCAAGACCAUUGGCAAUGUCCUGCUGUCUUAUGCUGACAUCAUCGAAAAGGACUUUCACAAUCAUGUCAAAAAGGAGAAAGUGCCGUGUAUCAUCAUCAAUAACAUCCAGCAGCUCAGAGUUCAGUUGGAGAAGAUGUUUGAGGCCAUGGGGGGCAAAGAUCUCAAUUUAGAAGCUAGUGACUUCCUCAAGGAGCUGCAGAACAAACUGAACAGCGUCAUGGACGACCUCAGCCGCAUCUUUGCGGUCAGUUUCCAGCCCCAGAUCGAGGACAACGUCAGGCAGAUGGGAGAUAUCCUCGCCCAGGUCAAAGGUCAGACGGUCCCGGCCAAUGGCAGCGUGGUUCAGGAUGCCGACAACGUCCUGCAGCCCAUCAUGGACUUCCUGGACAUCAACCUGUCGCUGUUCGCUAAGAUCUGCGAGAAGACCGUCCUGAAGAGAGUGCUGAAGGAGCUUUGGAAACUGGUGAUGAACACAAUGGAAAAAACAAUUGUGCUUCCAACUCUCACUGACACGACGGUCAUUGGCACUCAGAUGAUCUUCAACGCUGCUAAGGAGCUGGGUCAGCUUUCCAAACUCAAGGAGCACAUGGGACGAGAGGAGGCCAAAGCUCUCAGUCCUAAACAGUGUGCAGUGAUAGAGCUGGCUCUGGACACUAUUAAGCAAUACUUCCACGCUGGUGGUGUGGGCCUGAAGAAGACGUUCUUGGAGAAGAGUCCAGACCUGCAGUCUCUGCGCUACGCCUUGUCUCUGUACACCCAGGCAACAGACAAGCUCAUCAGGAAGUUUGUCCUCUCGCAGAGCGCUCAGGUCCACGGAGGGAAAGGGCUCAGGUGCACGGCAAAUGAAGACACACCACCAGAGAAACCAUCUGGAGUGGAUGCUGUGGGUGAGGUCAUCAUGUGCGUGGACAUUUUACCCCAACCGAAUGGAGAGCACAAGAUCGGCAUCAAAGUGGUGGCUGCCAACGACCUGAAGUGGAAGGCUCAGGGCUUCAGGCCCUUCGUGGAGGUCUACAUCAUCGGCCCUCACCUCAGCGACAAGAAGAGGAAGUUUGCCACCAAGUCCAAAAACAACGCCUGGUCCCCCAAGUUCAUUGAGAGCUUUCAGUACGCAUUGGGCACGGAGGUGGGUCCGGAGAGCUACGAGCUGCAGGUGUGUGUGAAGGACUACUGCUUCGCCCGAGAGGACCGCACGGUGGGCAUGUCCGUGGUGCAGCUGAAAGACAUCGCCAGCAAGGGCAGCGUGACGCUCUGGAUGCCGCUGGGCCGCCGCGUCCACAUGGACGAGACGGGCCUCACCGUGCUGCGCAUCCUCUCUCAGCGCAACAACGACGAGGUGGCCAAGGAGUUCGUCAAGCUCAAGUCGGACCAGCGCUCAGCGGAGGAGGGUCGCAGCUGAGGGGGGGGGGGGAGCAAAGACAUGCGUGUGCACAACAACCCAGAGACAUAGCAUUAUGCACACAUAUAGAAGUCACACCUGCAUAGAUAGACAACCAUGUGCAAUUCACAAGCACACACAUGCUCUAUUGUACAUAUAUCUGCAUACAUUAUGCAACAUUUACAUUGCAAUGUUAUCAAUGCAAAACAUGGAGGAAUAUGUUUAUAAUUAUUCAUAAUUCAUUUUUCCACUUCAGUUUAGCCUCACAUUAGAAAGCACUUGUCACUCAAUCUCUCCCAGAACGCAUCACACCUUUUAUACGCUGUACAUUUAGACGUGAUAUAAUGCAACGCAGAGCCACAACUGAACCUUGUUGAUAGAUCGAGGACGACCACUUUGCACUUUUGCUUCUCUUUGUCUUCAGAGAGCGGUUCUUGUCUAGCUCUGUUUGUCCGUCUGCUUGCCUGCCUGACUGUGUGUCGUUCUUCAAGUCUGUCAGUCUUUCUCCCCAAUCCCCCCCCCCCCCCCGUAAUUUUCCCACGGUGUGAUGUGUUGUGUUGGUCGGAGGUCAGGCACAGAUCUAAGAUCGGUACCCUUUUGCUCCAAAAUCUAAAAUAGAGAGAAAACACUGACCUUAGAUCAGCAUCCAUGGGGGGCAACGUCACUUCUAGUCUGUCCUGUAAUGUCCUGCAUGUUGAACCCAGGAACACUGUGAUUCACGUUGCUGUAUCCCCCCCAACAUAAAAGAUGGGUGCCUACAAUAUUUUACCUGUGUGAGCAUGGUGCAUACAUAUAUAUCCCUGGUAAUAAGGUUUUAUAACCCAACUAACCGUCAUGAUCAUGGAGAAACUGAUGAUGAUGUGUAGAGAUGAAGGUUGUGGCCACAAAGUUUAUAUAUACAAAAAAAAUCUUUCUUCACAUCAUGAUAAACGGAGCAAUACCCCAGUGUCGAACACAUCCACACCCCUAGAGUGCACAUUUACUCCAAAAAGGGCUACAGGAUGAUCAGCGGACGGGGGGUCACUUUACGCAUCCUUUCAAAGAUUCAGUUGAUAAAAAGACCAGGAGGCUUCCCCACGUGCCCACCCGUCUACAUAAACAAUACCACUCUCUGCGAUUGUCUUUCAUGAAUGACACUGAGGAGAAGCCCAGAGGACGCGAUGCUGAAGGACACGGCUCCGAUCACCUGCACACCAAACUCAUCUCUUUAAGGCAAUAGUGGUUUGUUCCUAUGUUCUUUUUACGAAGAGCAAACCCCCUGUUUCUUUUGUUAUCGUGUGUGUGUGUGUGUGUGGGGGGGGGGGGGUAAAUGGGCUCUGAGAUUGUGAGCAAUAUAUUGUAUAGACACCCUUAAUGUAUGCGCUGUCAGUAUAAAUACAGGAGCACCAACUGCAAUAUCCAGAUCCAAGGAAUGGAAAACGUAUGAUUCUUCUUUAUUCUAUCUACCUUUAUUCAUGGAAUCAUAAAAUUCCCAUUCCCGGUGGAAGUGUGUAAGAUAUUUGUCACUUUUUAAAUAAGAGGGAACGUGUUUUGUCCUUGAAUUCCUAUUUGCCUUUAGGACCAAAUUUGCACGAACCAGAGCUCAUGUAUUUUUUCAAAGAAAGAAGCCAUCGGAGUCACCGCCAAGCAUCUAUGUUGUGUUGGUUUCAGUCUUGUCAUGUGCAUCAAUAAAUCUGUUACCUUUAACUGCAUAAAGGUGAGCAACACUCA